CUCACAUUGUUUCAUUGUGCCUUGAUCAGAAUGUAAACAUAUUUUACCAAGUUGUGACAUUGAGCAAAGAAAAUAGAUCCCACUACACUGUAUCAUGUCGCCUCUGACGUUACCCUCUGACACCAUUUGAUGCUAUAUUCAUUGGCUCAAGGCACGGUGGUCAGAUGAGUAUGGCCAGGUACGCCAUUGAUAUAGUCGUGCCGGAGGAUGAUCAGCCCUUGGAGAUAAUGUCCGGCCGGCACAAGGGAAGCAACUUCAACGAGAACAACCCGCUGGGAAUAUCUGACCACUUGCGCUGCUUCGUCACGAUCUAUCUUCCUUGGCUGGUCGCCAUCACCCUGGGCCUCAACGUUUUCGGCAUCUGGGUCCUCAAGUCUAGUUUCCUCCGUGGUCUAGUCCUGCAGCCAAUGUUCAAACUGUAUCUCGAGCUUCACUGUCUGUUGAUGAUCACUGGACCUUUCUACGUCUGGAUGGGUCAAACCUUUCACCAGUUUAUCCAGCACGUUCAGGUGUAUCCAUGUUUUCUCCUCCUGUGGGCUCACAAUUUCGCCAUGAUUGCCACAUCCAGCAUGUUAGUGGCCAUGAUCAUCGAGAGGGCAAUCUCCAUUGGCAGACCGGAAAUCGUCUGGGACAUUUGGAGACGCGCCUGCCGUAACAUCAGCUACCUUCUCGUGCUGACCAGUCUGGUGUUCUCUGUGAGUGGAGUCUUGUGUGUGGACAUUGAGAGCUUGAUUCAAGGAGACACCCACUACCCGAUAUGUAUGCCUUGGUGGGACAAUGAACUGGGAGCAGAUGUCACAUGGUACAAGAUAGUCGCCAUGUCGUUCGCCACCUUGCCCUGUAUCGCCGUGGUGCUCUCCCUAAUACUGCUCCUGGCCAGGGAGCGGAGGUUCAAAGCAGCCAUGAGGAAAGGGGUGUCAGCCCUGAACCACUACAACGCCAUGUACGUGGAGAUCAAGGCCACCCUGCACUUCAAAUUCGUCCGCAGUUUCGUUUGGCUGAGCCUGGCCUUCCUGUUCGCCACGUCUCCCAUCGGCCUCUUCAUCGUCUUCGGUCCUUAUCUGCAGAUAACCUUUGACAAGAUCUACCCAGAGCCACUGCCUCAGAAGAUGAACGUCACUUGGGAGCUGGACGACGACCUUGAGAAUGACACCAAGACGAGCACAACGGCCGAGUCUCCAGUGGUCAGGACGUACUCGUCUAUUAGCCGGUCGGACGUGGAGACGUGUCUGUGGUUGGUCUACUACACCUACAGCCUGUGUGUGGUGCCGAUACUACUGAAGACUGAGGUUUUAUUUUGGCGAGAGUGGUGCGGCCGCGCAAGGAAGGUGUCCAACCUCAUCUAUUGUCGCAAAGUUCUUUCACCAAAAUGGCGGACCAUUUCCGGCCUGAAAGAAGAGCUGAGUCAAGGCCACCUAGUGGGGCCGUAUAUUCCAAGCGAAGACGCCCUGAACGAGCCGUCCACCAUACAGAAGGAGCUGCAAGUAGUGCAAGUGACCCGGAUGGAAGUUCCAGAAGCAGUGGUCAAAGAUGUCCAGACGAAGGCCACAUCGACAGUUUCCACACCGCAAAAGAUAAGGGCGAAGUCGUCAGACGAAGGUCGUAAAGUCAAGAAUUCAAGGGCGGCCCGGAAGAAAAAGUUGAAAAGGGCGAAGGACAGUCUGGAGAUUACGACUCAGGCAUCGAAGAAGAACAAUUUAAAGUCAGAGGAUACUAGUUCCAUAUGAUAGGCUUAGGGGGUUGGUAGCAGAAGCGAGAAACAGAGGAUACUAGAUUUAAUGCCAUUGAUGGGCAUGACGUCUAAAAAAUAGAAAGUAAGAAGAUAAUAGUUCCACAGGAUAAGCAAGUAUAAGCUAGAAGCAGAAUUUUACUCAAGAGAUACCGAAUAAUCGUAUCAUAGGAUAGUAGUAACGAUUAGAAUAUUCUUGUUCCGUAUAUUAAUUAUGGGGGAGCUAUUGAAACCAAUUUAUGUUUGAUCUUUGAGAUUGGCUAUAGAACUUUAUAUAAAUAUAUGUAUUAGCAUCCUAUGUGUUUGUUCGUUUUGCAUAUUCGUCUGAAAAAGCGCCUUGCCAUGACUUUAAUGUUACAGUGUAACUUGUGCAGCUCUGUUCCAGAGGAUUGCAUGUCUUUUCUUACGCCAAAUAUGACGUCAACUAAAAUGAAUGGAAAUUUUGAUGGUCACAAUAACGAAACGUUGAUUAAACUUGGUCGU